GCUCUGUUACCAUUCACUAUUAGCCUGGAGAUAAAUCUGUGGUUUUGGAAUAUGAGUUUAUUGUUUAUGGAUUUAAUAUUUUAUGUAGUUUCCUCAAUCAGAGUGAGCCUGUAACUCAUGACGGAUAUUUCAUUUUUCACUUUAUGGAAAAUCUAACUAUAAAGAAAAACUACCAGAACAAAAUUAACAACUUCAAGAAUAUUCAUAUAUUUAAUAAUCUGAUAGCAAUUUCAGGUGAAUUAUGGGAGUUGUAGUGAGGGCUGAAAGUGGAUGCUGGUGAAUUAUGGCAGUUGUAGUGAGGGUCUGAUAAUAGUGGGUGCAGGUGAAUUAUGGGAGUUGUAGUGAGGGCUGAUAGUGGGUGCAGGUGAAUUAUCGGAGUUAAUUCGCCCACCCAAGAUGGCGGCGCGUUAACACGCAGCGGCCGCUCCGGGUCCGUUAAAUUGUGCUUUUGUGUUACUAUUUGUCAUUUUUUCCGUUUAUUUCCUGCAAAUAUGUGCAUCGGAACACCCGUGCACAUGUUCUACCACCGCCAGACCCUGCUACAGUGGAGAAAUCAGCCAGAAAACACGCUACCGGACGAGGUUCUGCAGACGCUACUUGAGCUUAGCCGGCUAAGAGACCCAGGCCGCCAGCCCGCGGUGUUUCCUGACGCCGGAGCCCAGCGGAAGUGCCAUCACAAGCGGUGCGAGUGUAAGCGGAAGCGCGGAAAGAGAGCCGGGAUCCGCGCGAGGCUAAAGGCUAGUCCUAGCCAGCCGGCUAUACCAUCGCUCUUUCUUGCAAACGUCUGUUCCCUUGACAAUAAACUGGACUACAUCCGACUCCAGCAAACAACCCAGCGUGAGUUCAGAGACUGCUGUGCUUUGGUUUUUGUGGAAUCGUGGCUGAACGACAACAUUCCGGACAGCGCCAUUCAGCUAGCCGGGCUAACCGCGUUCAGAGCGGAUAGGAGCGCGGCUCUAUCCGGGAAGACCCACGGUGGAGGCGUGUGUGUUUACAUCAACACGGAAUGGUGUAACAACGCUGUGACUGUCGCCAAACACUGCUCUCCGCUGGUGGAGUUCCUGAUAGUCAAGUGCAGACCUUUUUAUUUAGUACGGGAGUUCUCCGCCGUGCUAAUAGCUGCUGUCUACAUCCCACCCAGCGCUAGCAUUGGUGCUAAUGCUAAAGAGGCUCUGUGUGAACUCUAUCGGUCUAUCAGCGAUCUGCAGAACAAACACCCAGACGGACUGUUUAUUAUCGCCGGAGAUUUCAACCACGCAAAUCUCAAGUCAGUGCUCCCUAAAUUCCAUCAACAUGUGGACUUUGCAACGAGAGGAGCGAGCGCGCUGGAUCUUGUUUACACAAACAUCCCCAGCGCGUACCGGGCGGAGCCCCGCCCCCACCUCGCUUUCUCGGACCACAUGUGUGUUUGGCUGACUCCAACAUACACACCACUCAUCAGACGCUCCAGACCAGUUCAGAAGCAGGUCAAAACCUGGCCGGCAGGCUCCAUCUCUGCCCUUCAGGACUCUUUUGAGUGCACUGCAUGGGACAUGUUUAGGGAGGCUGCUACUGAAGGCGAUUCUGUUGAUUUGGAGGAGUAUGCAGCAUCAGUCACUGGCUACAUCAGCAAGUGUAUUGAUGAUGUCACUGUCUCCAAGACCAUCACUACACGCCCAAACCAGAAGCCUUGGAUGACUACUGAGGUACGUGCGCUGCUGAGGACCCGCGACUCCGCCUUCAGAGUGGGUGACAAGGUGGCCCUGAGGAAAGCGAGAGCCGACCUGUCAAGAGCCAUCAGAGAGGCAAAGCGCACACAUGCCCAGAGAAUCCACAGCCACUUCAAGGACACGGGUGACGCGCGGCGUAUGUGGCAGGGCAUCCAGGCAAUCACCAACUACAGGACAAUGCCACCGUCCUGUGAACGUGAUGCCUCCCUCCCUGAUGCCCUGAACAACUUUUAUGCACGGUUUGAGGCACAAAACAACACGAUGGUGAGAAAGACCAUGCCCAAGCCGGAUGAGCAGGUGUUGUGCCUGACUGCAGUGGAUGUGAGGAACACUCUGCGCAGAGUCAACCCACGAAAAGCUGCAGGACCAGACAACAUCCCCGGCAGAGUGCUCAGGGAGUGCGCAGACCAGCUGACAGAUGUUCUCACGGACAUCUUCAACAUCUCCCUGUGCAGCGCCACUGUCCCAAUGUGCCUCAAGUCCACCACCAUCGCUCCCGUGCCGAAGAAGUCCACAGUGUCCUGCCUCAAUGACUACCGUCCCGUUGCACUUACACCCAUCAUCAUGAAGUGCUUCGAGAGGCUAGUCAUGAGGAACAUCAAGACACGACUGCCCUCUUCACUGGACCCCCUGCAGUUUGCGUAUCGUCCCAAUCGCUCCACGGACGAUGCCAUCACCACCACCCUUCAUCUCUCCCUCACCCACCUGGAGAAGAAGGACACUUACGUCAGAAUGCUGUUAUAGACUUCAGUUCAGCAUUCAACACCAUCAUCCCACAGAACCUCAUCAGGAAGCUAAGCUCGCUAGGCCUCAACAACCCCCUCUGCAACUGGAUCCU